GGUACCUGCUGGGAUGGAGGAGGCUGAUGAGAGCAGGGAGGAGAUUUCUGCUCAGAUGCCUUCCAGCUGUCCCAAUAGAGUGAGAAGAAAAUGUUCUCUUUCCGGAACAGCGGGACUGACAGGCCGGGAAGGCCAGGCUCCCUGGCUGACAGCCCAAGGGACCUACAACCUGACAAACAAACUCCGCUGGAGCCGGAGCUGAAGUUGAAGGAACCCGGUGGGCAGUGCCCUUCUCGAAAGAUGGGGGAAGACAGCACCCUGGCAGAGGAGGCCCAGCAGGCCCCAGAAGCUGUGGCCCGAGGCAGCCGGGAUGACAGCUCUCCCCAGGAACCCUGGCACCUGAGAAACAUGAUCAGCAAGUCCCGCUGGAAACUCCUGGCCACGCUGGCUCUGGUCCUGGCCGUCAUGGUUUGGUACUCCAUCUCCCGAGAAGACAGGUACACUGAGCUCUUUUAUUUUCCCAUCCCAGGGAAGAAGGAGCCCUGCCUCCAGGGUGAGGCGGAGAGGAUGGCCUCCAAGCUCUUCGGCAACUACUCCCGAGAACAGCCCGUCUUCCUGCAGCUUAAGGAUUAUUUCUGGGUCAAGACGCCAUCUGCCUAUGAGCUGCCCUAUGGGACCAAGGGGAGUGAAGACCUGCUCCUCCGGGUGCUGGCCAUCACCAGCUACUCCGUUCCAGAGAGCAUCCAGAGCCUCAAGUGCCGCCGCUGCGUGGUGGUGGGGAACGGGCAUCGGCUGCGCAACAGCUCUCUGGGAGAGGCCAUCAACAAGUACGACGUGGUCAUCAGGUUAAACAGUGCGCCAGUGGCUGGCUACGAGCAUGACGUGGGCUCCAAGACCACCAUGCGUCUCUUCUACCCUGAAUCCGCCCACUUCAACCCCAAAGUGGAGGACAACCCUGACACGCUCCUUGUCAUGGUCGCUUUCAAGGCCAUGGACUUCCACUGGAUUGAGAGCAUCCUGAGUGAUAAGAAGCGCGUGCAAAAGGGCUUCUGGAAGCAGCCUCCCCUCAUCUGGGACGUCAACCCCAAACAGAUUCGGAUUCUCAACCCCUUCUUCAUGGAGAUUGCAGCUGACAAACUGCUGAGCCUGCCGAUACAGCAGCCAUACAAGAUUAAGCAGAAGCCCACCACAGGGCUGUUGGCCAUCACCCUGGCCCUCCACCUCUGUGACCUGGUGCAUAUUGCUGGCUUCGGCUACCCAGACGCCCACCACAAGAGGCAGUCCAUUCACUACUAUGAGUAUAUCACACUCAAGUCCAUGGUGUGGUCAGGCCACAAUGUCUCCCAGGAGGCCCUGGCCAUCAAGCGGAUGCUGGAAAUCGGAGCCGUCAAGAACCUCACGUACUUCUGACUGGGCAGGAGCUGUUCCCAUCCGCCUGCUCACCCUGCCGAGUGCCCCCGUCCGUGGCUGUGGGGGGUGCCCAGUGCCAGCUUGGACUCAGCCUCCCCUGC